AUGAAAAUAAUCCAUUCUAGCCUUAGCAUCUACAUUAUAGUUGUGUUGUUCCAACACCAAGUAAGUGGUCAAGGAGUGAGCGGUUUCGUGCAAACGAGGGGAACUCAGUUCAUUUUGAAUGGCACGCCAUUCAACUUCAAUGGUUUUAAUUCCUAUUGGAUGAUGAUUGUUGCCUCGGGGGCGACUAACCAGAGUUCAAGUGUGCCUUCGGUCUUGCAGCAAGCUUCUCAGCAUGGGCUCACUGUUGGCAGAACCUGGGCUUUUAGUGAUGGUGGUGCCUUUCCUCUUCAAACGUCUCCUGGUGUCUAUAAUGAGGACAUGUUUAAGGCAUUAGAUUGGGUGGUAUCUGAAGCUGGAAAGAAUGGUAUCCGUCUUAUCAUGAGCUUGGUCAAUAACUAUCCUAAUUUCGGAGGGAGAACACAGUACGUUCAAUGGGCAAAAGAGGGGGGCCAGAGCUUAAACUCAGACGACGACUUUUACACAAACGACGUUGUCAAGGGUUACUACAAAAACCAUAUCAUGACUGUUCUGACGAGGAACAACACGAUAACGGGAGUCGUGUACAAGGAUGAUCCAGCAAUUUUCGCAUGGGAACUCAUCAACGAACCAAGGUGUGAAAGUGAUACUUCUGGCAAAACAUUACAGGCUUGGAUCGGUGAGAUGGCUUCGUAUGUGAAGUCUAUAGAUACAAAUCAUUUGGUCGAAAUUGGCGGUGAAGGUUUCUAUGGAGCAUCCAUGCCUGACAGAAAGGCUCUGAAUCCCUAUGCUUCCCUGUACGGAACAGACUUUGUCCCUAACAAUCAAGUCCCAGAGAUUGAUUUUGCUACUAUUCAUGCAUAUCCAGAUUCUUGGUUGCCAGGAAAAAGUGACAAGGAUCAGCAAACUUUCAUGUCCAACUGGACUCAGGCCCACAUCCAGGAUACAGCCCAGCUGUUAAAGAAGCCACUUGUGAUCGGUGAGUUUGGAAAAUCCUUAAAUGGCUCUUCUGAGGCCCAGAGAGAUGCCCUGUUUUGGGUUGCUUACGAUGCGGUAUAUUAUUCUGCCAAAGCUGGCGGGCCUUUGAGUGGCGGGCUUUUCUGGAACUUACUGGGCCCAGGAAUGGAUGAGUUGAGAGAUGGUUAUGAGGUUAUCUUUCCUGAGGAACCAUCUACAGGAAGCGUUAUCGAUCAGCAGUCUCAGAGGAUAUCUAAGCUUAAUUACUAAAAGCUUGGAGUUGAUUCAAUAAAUUUCAAAAAGCUUGGAUCAAAUACUGAAAACUGUUUUCGUUUUUCAUUUGUUUCUCUUUGGGGGAAAAGUAAUUAUAAUGUAUUUUUAUAUCCCUGUUUAUCUUUCUCUGAGAUUUUGAGAAAGUA